AUGAAGCUCUUUUACAUCAAAGCGGCACCACUCAACAUGAUGCUACUCUCCUUUGUGGAUGAUGGGACUAUCUUAGCCCAGUCCAAACACCUUGAUGAUAAUAAUGUGGGCCUGCGUAAGGCUUAUAAGAUUAUCAACCUCUUAUUUGUUGCCUUCACACUUGUCCUUGAACACAACAAGGACAAAUUGUUCCAUUUUUUGCCCCAACGAGACACCUACAAUCCCUCACUGGAUCUGGGGUACACCCCACAUACAGGUGCUACACCUUUGAAGCCCAAGACCUAUUGGAGGUACCUGGGCUUCUACUUUGACUGCAGGCUCACUUUCCAUGAGCAUGUUCACUACUAUGCGACAAAGGCAUUCACCACUGUGCAGGCCAUGCGCAUGCUUGGGAACUGUGGUCUUGAGGCCCUCGCUGGUCUCAUCCCCAUCCAUCUCAUGCUGAAGAAGUUGGCCACACGUGCGGUGUACCGCAUUGCUACCCUCUCAGAUACUCACCCUCUGCACUCCAUGAUGGGCAAGAGACUCCUCAAGUGGGCUGAACCCCAUGCCUGCUCUGCCACCUUGAUGACCCCAGCUAUGAGGGGAAAAGUCAAGAGCACUGUCAUGGAGGUGGACAAACGUGUCCACACCUUAACUGAGAGCUUUGAGCCCUUUGCACCCGAAGCUCGCCCUGGUGACCAGUUACUGGACCGCUAUGCAGACCGUCUCUGCUUCGACGAGCACGAUCCUACUCAGGAUGGCCCUCAGCCAACCGAUCUUCCUCGCUGGCGCUGCUGGAAGUGGGGCCACCCCACCGUCGCCUGUAAGGCGAAACAACUCUCUUGCCCCAUCUGCUCAGGUCCGCACGAGCAGAAGGAGCACCGUCAACAUGCGGGAUGUUGCAAGGGCAACACGAAAGUGAAGCCUCCUGUGCUGCCCACCCCUCACGACCAGCCCUGCCCCCACAAGGGCCGCUGUGUCAACUGCCACAAGGACCGUGCUGCCAACUCGGCUUUGUGUAAGUUCUGGGCCCAUCGCUACGAGCGUGAGUGGAUCAUGGCUGAGUAUCGUCAGCUGCAGAUGGUGCACAUUAAGGAAGAGGAAGUUCCCCGCGUGAUCGCCUAUGUUUCGACUAGGCUCUCCCGCUAUUGUCCCGCUAUGCAUCACGACAUUCUUGUCCUCUCCCUCUUUAGCGUGGGCGAGGUUCUUAACUUAAUGAACAUCUAUUCCGACGAUCAACACACAGCCAUUGAGCACCUCGCUGCUCGCAUGCAUUCUUUACCACCUUUCAUUUAUAUGGCUGGUGACUUCAACUGCGUGUCGACGACUUGGGAUGACUAUGAGCAUGGCGAGUCGUCAACGGCAAUAUCCCUGCGGGACACCGCAUCUCAGAUCGGCCUCGAGUGGGCACGACCUUCCAACCAUGGACCGACGAGGAUCAGUCCUAAUCCAAACCAGAGAUCCAACGUGUUGGAUCUUGUAUUCUUAGCUCCAUCUGAGAUUCUAAUCUCGAUGCCCAGAUUGGAGCACGAUCUUCAGGGUCCAUCAGAUCAUGUCCCGAUCUGUACAGAUCUUGAUAUCGGUCCUGAACCGCCUGGAUCUGGGCGAUGGACAAUUAAACCCGGAAGUGAGGCUGAAAAGUCUUUCAUUUCAGACAUUCUCCGGGAUCUUGCGGCUAUUCCUGUUGCAGCCCCGGCAACCAAGGAAGGCGUUGAAGCUUUGGCGGAUGCUAUUGCGACAGCGUUCUCGGACGCAUGGCUUGCCCAUUCGACCGAGUCCAAACCUACCAAACGCUCCAAGUCCUGGUGGACAGACGAGUGCUCGGAGACAUUUGGAGUAUAUCAGUUGAGCCGUUUGCUCGCUGAUUACAACAAGUUUAAGAAGGCGUGUAAGGACGCCAAGCGUGACUUCUUCGAUGAACGCAUCACAGAAAUCGCCACUUCUUGCAAGCGCCCAUGGGACCUAAUGGAAUGGGUCAAACAGCGCAAGCUACCCCCCUGUGAGGCUAUUCGCAAUGGCAACCAGCCUUGUCAUGAUAUGGACGACCUAUGGGACACCCUUCACAGCACAUACAACUCGGCCUCGGGUCGCGAGUAUGAUGCCUCCGUCUUAGAUGAGCUUCCCGACAAGCCAGUCCGUGAGUGGGCUGACUUCUCGGAGCACGAGUUGUUGAGUGCCCUUAAGGGGUAUUCCAACUCCUCUGCGCCAGGUCCGGACCACGUUACAUGGGUCCACCUAAAGGAGUUGCUCAAGGAUAAACAUGUCCUUGCGCUCUUCAUCGUGCUGGCCAACGCUUGCCUUCAGGUGGGUCAUUGGCCACGUAUAUUCAAGGAGUCACUAUCGGUUAUCGUUCCAAAGCCGAACAAGCCCUCCUAUGCUGUACCGAAGGCCUUCAGGCUGAUCGUACUCCUCAUCACUUUUGGUAAACUUAUAGAAAAGAUGAUUGCCAAUAGGAUACAGUUUGAUGCUGUCAAGCAUGAUAUCUUUCAUCCCAACCAACUUGGCGGCAUUCGCCAGAGGUCAACUGAGGAUGCUGGAUUGAUUCUGACUCAUCUCGUGCAAGCGGGGUGGGUUAAGGGUCUCCAGACUAGCGCACUGGCUUUUGACAUUGCGCAGUUCUUCCCUUCUAUCAACCAUGAGAUGUUCAUGGCUGUUCUUCGCAAGCAAGGGUUCUCGCCGGUUCUGGUGGAGUUCUUUGCCUCCUAUCUUGUCGGUCGUUCCACAGUCUACUGCUGGAACACCUUCCAAUCCGACUCGCAGUCUGCAGACGUGGGUGUCGGGCAGGGCUCUGCUCUCUCGCCUGUUAUUUCAGGGCUGUUCAUUGCUCCGGUGAUGAAGCUCUUCUAUGUCAAGGCAGCGCCGCUUAACACGACACUGCUCUCCUUUGUGGAUGACGGGACCAUCUUGGCCCAAUCCAAACAACUUGAUGAUAAUAAUGUGGGCCUGCAUAAGGCCUACAAGAUUAUCUACCUUCUCUUUGUUGCCUUCGCGCUCGUUCUUGAACACGAUAAGACCGAGCUGUUUCACUUUUCGCGUCGACGAGACGCCUACAAUCCUUCACUGGACCUGGGGUACGCCCUGCAUACCAGUGCUACACCUUUGAAGCCCAAGACCUAA